UGCUGUGAACGAACGCAGCAACCCGGUCUCGGUCGGUCGUUUUUCGUCGUCGUCGCAACUACAGUCAGUUGCCGUGUGAAACAGGAAACCGUCGCGCACACACACAGUUGAUUCAGGUGCGGAAACUGCAUCGCAUCUCGUUUUGCGUCGAUUGCUUCGAUCGUUGAUCGCAAGUUGUUGGUGAGGUGAUCAUCACACAUAAGUCACACUAGCUGCUUAUCAAACAACAAGCGCCUACUUUGACGUGCGAAAACUUGUUUUUUUUUUUGCGCAAAACUAUCGCGUGCAAGUGUGUGUGUGAUUGUGAUGAUGAUUGGCUAAACAAUUAAGCAAAUUUUGCGGUUUAUUUUUGUUGAGCAAUCAGCGAUCGAUUCGUUAAGCGAUUUGGAUUCGCACCGUAGCUGCACGGUGUUUACAAGUGUUUGUCCGAUCGUUUUAGGUGCCAAGCUCAAGUUCGUAUGAGUGUGUGAAUGUAAGCUUUGGCUAGUGGUGUCGAGCUUUGUUUACUCUGUUUACACGAGAGGAGAGUGAGAUCGCGAGGCCGAAGUGUACCUUCGGGUUGAUGAUGGAUGCUGUUGCUCCAAACUGACCGCGGCUGCCCUUUGGACAGAUUGUUUAUGGUACUGGGUAGUCAUGUGGUGGUUUAUUUUAGUCGUGGAGUGCAAUUGAGGGUUAUUACCUUAUUUUUGUCUGUGCUCAAGAGAAGAAGGUCGUGAUGGUUGUCGUAACAUUAUCAGGCCACUUAACGAGUUGAAUCGGUAGUUGGAGGAGUGACACAGUUGGAGAACAUUAAGUAAAGUCGCUGGAGCGGAAAUUGAUAUUCGACCGCGUCGUCGUCGUUGGGCGUCGGCGUCACCAUCACACACAGUCUGAGUGUGUGUGUGUGUGCGUCUGAAUGUGUGCGUGAUUUAUUCUUUCUCACUUCUUUUUUUAUCGAAUAUUCAAUUCGAAUGACAUCAUUAUACACGGCACGGAACGACACACUCGGAAUAUCAGCAGCAACCGGCUUAGCAGCAGCAGCAGCGAUAAAUAACAAAACAAACUUCCAAUAGGGGUGUGGGGUGUCACUUUUCGAGAGGGCGUUAUUGUUAAAAGAACUAAACAAAGCCAUCAACAUGAGUGCCGCCGUAAGUCCCGAGCAGCCGUCCACGCCCGAUUCCGCCCAGUACCAGAACAACCCGUACCGGAACAGCAAUGGAACGUACGCGACCAUCUCGGAGUCGGAGACGGCGUCGUCCAGCGGAUCGGCGAUGACCACGAUCAACAGUAACCACAGCAGCAGCAUCUUCAAAAGUAGCAGCGGUAGAUCGUCGUCCUACCAGCUGCACCAGCAGCACCUGCGGAGUGCGUACGGAGCGUCCGAGGAAAUGCUCGAAACGGAAAAGGCCAGCCUGGUGGAACGGGUCAACGAUCUGGAGCGGAUAGUGCUCGAGCAGAAGGAUGAAAUCGUGUGCCUCAAGUCGACGCUGGCGGACGUCCUCCGGCGGCUCAGCACGCUCGACAACAGCUACGACAGCGGCAAGUCCACGCUGGAGAACAGUUCGUCGCACAACAGCUCCGUCAUGUCGAGCAAAAGUUUCCGCUUUUCGCGGAAUACCAUCACGAGGUUAAACUCCAGCGUGGACGAGAAGCGCUUCGGCCGGGUCCCGUCCCGCGUGACCAGCUCCCCCUCGCGCAGCGCCAUGUCCUCGUCCUCCUCGCACGGCACCGCCAAAGCCAGCAGCCUGGCCCAGAAGGCGAUCCACCACUCGAACGGUUCGCUCCACUCGGACUCGAUGAGCAGCCACUCGAUCUCGCCGGCGCCGUCGCCCUCACCCCGCCAGCCAAACUUGCAGAAUCUGUCCGCUUCCGUGGUGGGCUCGAUUGGGGUUAACGGAGGAGGUGGCGGGACGAACGGGGUGACCGGGAUGGGUAAGCGGUGGAGUUCGACGGGGGAUUUCGUGAGUGGAUCGCCGGGGACGCCGGUCAGCAGUGCCAGUGGGAAUAGUAUUUCGAGGUUUUCGACCAAGUCGUUGCUGAAUCUGAACAGCAGCUUGGGCGGUCACAACGGGACAGGGAAGGGAGGAUCGCAUGCCUUUGUGCAGAAGAAGGAGGACGAUGACUACUUGAAGUUGUACAUUAGUGGCCGUCCGGUUGUGUUGCACAUUCCAGAAGCUCAAAUUAGUUCGUACGAAACGACGAAGGUUCAGCCGGCGCCAAACAAGCGGUUGAGGUUGGACUGGGUGUACGGAUACCGUGGGAAGGAUUGCCGCUCGAAUCUGCACCAGUUGCCGACGGGGGAGAUGGUUUACUUUGUGGCCGCGGUGGUGAUCUUGUACAACAUGGACGAGCAGAGUCAGCGGCACUACGUGGGUCACACGGACGACGUCAAGAGUUUGGCGGUUCAUCCGAACAAGCUGCUCGUGGCUACUGGGCAGUGUGGAGGCCAUGACGGGCAUGAUACGUUGCCGCACAUCCGGGUUUGGAACUCGGUUUCGUUGGCCACGUUGAACGUGAUCGGGAUGGGAGACUUUACGGGCGCGAUCAACUGCUUGUCGUUCAGCCGAGCGGACAGCGGAACGAUCUUGGCGGCGAUCGACGACUCUCCGGACAAGAUCAUCUCGAUUUGGGACUGGCAGAAGAAGGAGAACGGACGGAGGAUCACCGAAACCAAGUGUUCGGUAGACACGAUCGUAGCGGUGGAGUUCCACCCGCUGGACAAGGGUCAGAUCAUCACGAUCGGCAAGAAUCACAUCGCGUUCUGGUCACUGGAUCAGAACGGAAUGCUCUACAAGCGGAUGGGAGUGUUUGAGAACCGGGAAAAGCCGAAGUACGUCACGGCGAUCACGUUCACACCGGCUGGGGAUGUCGUAACUGGGGACUCGAGUGGUAACAUUGCGAUUUGGUCGCGUGGAACGAACGUGAUCAGUCGGUUCUUGAAAAAAAUCCACGAGGGAUCGAUCUUCUCGAUCUGUUCGCUGCGCAAUGGUGGAUUCGUGUCUGGUGGCAAAGACGGCCGGCUGGUCCUUCUGGACGAAUCGAUGCGCAUGAAGGCUGAACAGCUAGUCGAGCCGCACUUUGGGGCGGUUCGCGUUGUGGCGCAGGGCAAGGGAUCCCAACUGUUGAUCGGAACGACCAAAAACUGCAUCCUUUCCGGUGACUUUACUCUCGGAUUGGUCCCCAUGGUGUUGGGUCACACGGACAUACUGUGGUCGCUGGCGUCACACCCGCAGGUCGCCCAGUUCGUCACCGGAGGUCGCGAUCGCCUUCUGCAGCUGUGGGACUCCCUUUCCCACUCGGUGGUCUGGAGCAAGGACAUCGGAGAACCCAUCCAGUCGGUUCAGUUCUCCAACAGUGGUGACACGAUCAUCGUCAGCGGCGUUGGUGGCCGGUGGAUGGUGUUUGACACGGUCACCCGGGAACUGCUGGCCGUGUACCAGGAUGGACAAGAUGUGAUCCAAACGAUCAAGUUCUCCCCGGACGGGAACUUGCUCGCGUUGGGAUCGAAGGAUAGCUGCGUGUACAUUUAUCAGUGUACGAAGGCCGCCCAUCGCUUCUCCAAGAUUGGAAAGUGCACGGGUCAUUCGAGCUUUAUUUCGCACAUCGACUGGUCCAAGGACAGCACCGUCCUACGGACAAACUCCGGAGACUACGAGCUUCUCUACUGGAACCCGACGCUCUGCCGCCAAAUCACGACCCACGGCACGGUUCGCAACCUCGAGUGGGCCACCCAGUCCUGCACCGUGAGCUUCGAAACGGUCGGCAUCUGGCCGGAAAACUUUGACGGCACGGACAUCAAUAGCGUGUGCAAGGACGGCGAGGAGCAGUUUCUGGUCACCGCCGACGAUACCGGCAAGAUCCGGCUGUUUAGCUAUCCGGCGUCCCAGCCGAAGUCACUGUCGCAUGCGUACCGAGGCCACAGCAGUCACGUGACGUCGGUCAAGUUUAUGCACGACGGAGUGCGGUUGCUGUCCGCCGGCGGAAUGGACACCAGCGUGCUGCAGUGGCGCGUGGUUUGAAACAACGAGCGCGGUUUGAGCGAACGAGAAAGAUGGAUGAAUGCAUGAAUGCACGUGAUGAGAACAACAAUAUUGGCCAAGAACAAAAGAAACGGAUGCAAGUUUUGUGCAGUUUACUAAUUGUUACAUUAGUAUUUAAAUUACACAAAUACAGACACACAGAAAAGACAAAAAAAAAACAGACACAAUACACCACUUUAUUUAUUAUCUACUCUACUUUAUUAGGUACUUUGUAUUCGGAGAAUGAACAAAAAAAUAAAUAAAUAAGAACUUAGUAGAUUGCAAAUAAAUAUAGCCACUCAAAUACAUACACGAACAACACUUUAAACACUCACACUUUACUAUUCUUCUUUUUACUAAGUGAUAUAGUUUGAAAACGGUUUACUGUAAGUGUCGAGAUGCAUUUGAGCGCAGCAAUUAUAAAUUAUUAAACAUUUUUUAUUCGACUGCAAUAUAUUAUGAAAUCAAAA